CAUGCUUUCUUACGGGGUUAAUAUCCCUCUUCCAUGGCUUCUUGAUAUUCUUGCUCUCGUUCGAAACCUCCACUUGCUCCCCCUUGAAAACUGCAAUGGAGAACCCUAGAAUAACUAACGGAGGUUUCGAAGAGAACACCAUGGCCAUACUCGACUCCUCCGGCAUCAAAGAGGCCCGCGAUAUUCACGACGAUCGGCUCUCGUUCUUGGAAGCCGUCCGAUUCGCUUCUCUUGCCUCCGAGUCCCCUUUUGCUCCUUCUUGGAGAAUGUUUGAUGCGAUAUUUCAGAUUCUCAGAGACAGCAAAUCUUUGGAACUGGCCAUGGUCAGCUACCAGCUUCUAAACGAGUUAGACCAGCGUUACCCAAGAGUCUAUUUUACGUGUUCAGAUAAGCCCAAAUCAACUUCUGGUAGAGCCGGUGAGCUUGUUGUGGUUAAAGAGGCAUGGUCCCCGUUUAUUGUUGGCCCGGAAGCUAGCCAUGCCGAGGCGGUGGCUGCUGGUAAAAGUUUAGAUUACUUGUUCGACUCUUCGAGAUUUUCUGCCCUGGUAGAAGACAUGGCUCUAGCAGUCAAUAAAACCGAUUUUCAAUUGGCAAUGAAGUCUGUAGAGUAUAUGCUGUUGUUCCAAUAUCUUGUCAAUGUUCUUGAGGCAGAUUUCUUACCUCGUCAGACUUUGUACAAAGAGACAUCAAAAUGGGUCCUUUUCAGGGAGUCUAUACUAAAUAUGCUUCUGGGAUCACGAAAAUUAAACUUCAAAACUUUAGUAAGGGAUUGCAUGUCCAUUAUGUAUAGGCGAUGCCAUCAUCAUAUUGCAAAGAAUGUUCAAGAUCUGAGAUUUGUGAAAGAUUCUUGUGAUAAAGAAGCUCAUAUUUCCAAUGUUUCUCUAGCAAUUGCAUUAUCUGAACUAGAAAAAGGAACAUGUGUUGCUGUGCAAAAACUUAUGACGCUGAUUAUGGAGCUAGAUUUAAUAAGGAAAGAAGCAGAUCUUCAAGGACUUACUACUAGAGUUGAUGGCUUCAGGGUUCCUAUGUUGGAGAUCAUUUUGGAUGAACUAACCUACAAUAAAGACUAUAUAUCCCCCUUUCUUAUGGUUUUCUCUGAACCUAAAUGGAAGUUGGAAAUAAUUUUGCAGUACUUUUCAAAGUAUACUACAAAGUCUUCUGUUCGUACUCGAAGGUCAAAUGAAACGUCAUAUGAUGCAACACUGGAGUCUGUUCUGAGUUUCUUUUCGACUGCCACAAGUACAAAAAACAUUGUCAAGAAAAUUUCUUCAGAGGUGGCUAAACUUCUCUUGGCACAUGCUUUUCAGGCCUGUCUCUCCCUACAACAUUGUUCAAGACAUAAUGCUUACUCGACUGAAAGGAUUGGAGGCACUCUUAGCCAGAUAAGCAACAAGCUAGUUUCUGCUUUCCAAAGUCUCAGAAAAUAUGAUGAACUGAAAGCUGCAUGAGUUGCUGUAUUUCAGAUACUGCUGCAGGUGGCAUGUUUUUAGCAGUGGGACUUCAUUUACUAGUUUAAGCAAACUUAUGGAUAAUUGGUCUUGAAAUCUUAAACAAGUUCAUUGUGUGAAAUGUUGCUGAUAAGCAUGCUUGUGAAUAGACACGGCAUAUGCUUAUGCUUACUCUUGAAUCACAUCAGAUGUGACUACAUAUUAAGGUUUUCUAUGCCAAAUGAAGUACAUUAUUUUCUCCCAGCUGGCAUGUCCUUCUUAUAGAGCCUUGAGUGGUUCCCUUGUAGGUACUUGUUUCUGAUAAUGAAUACCCCUUUAGGCAUGUCUUGUUUAUGUAAUGCUGCAUCUGGAUCUUGGCUUCCAUUCUAUGAUUUACAUAAAAUCCUAAUUGACAUAAUAAAACAAGAGAUUAUAAAAGUAAAUUAGUGUUAUUUGUUACAUGAGACGAUAUAAUCAUAGUUGUUGAGAAAUUCAACUAAUCAAGAAACAUUGUUAUCAUCUCAUGAUCUGAACUGGUGUUCUUUGGUCCUUGGAGAAUGUGUUAUAAAGGUGCCAACACGUGAUCAUCCUCAAUAGUAGCCCAGUAUAUGCAUGUCAGUUAUACGAUGAUGAUGUGGUUGCUAUGCUGCGAAGCACAGCACAACAUGAUAUUUUUUAUAAACCAGUCAUCUAAUUACACUUCACACCCUUUCCCUUAAAGCUGAAAUAAUUUAAUAGAGGUUUGAAGUGGAAGGAGGAAAGUCAAAAAUGAAUCAACAAGCUUUACUUUAGCUGAUAUGUGAGCCAAGGAUAGCAGCCAAGUCAGUUAUGUUGAUUCCAAUUAAAGCGUUUUUCAAUACUUAAUCUAUUAAUUGAACUUGUUCACCUCAUUUGAUCCUUAUACCUAUGAUUACAUAAAAGUUCGGUAUACUGGGAGAAGUCCUGCAAAUGGUUCCAACUUUUUGCAUGGACGCCGCUCUACUGUAAUAGUAUGUUACAUUGGUCCUUAGGAAGAUGACAAGAAUACAAAUUUUGCUUCUUAAUUGGAUUAUAGUGUUUGAUCAAAUAUCAAAGAAUCUUCUGCAAGGAAAAAAAGUUUUGAAAAAAACUUUCUUAUUGUUAUCAUAAAUAUGAGAUUUCUUUUGAUCAAUCACCAAAACAAUAUUUUUACUAUCUAAUAAAUCAUCCCAACUCAAACUAAGAAAAGACUGCCUUCUUGGGUAGCAGAUUUCAUAUAUUCAACAACAAUCACAAUCACCAGUUAGCCACUAAUCAAGAAACUUGUAGCCUGCCCAUCAAAAUAUCGGUGACCUAUACUAGUGCACAGUGUCCUUCCGUCAGGGCAUACAGUGAGACAUGAGAAAAGUGACUCGAAAUGAGGUUCAAAUGAAGAUAUAUUUGUAGUCAGCUUGUGAAGUAAUAAAACCAAGUGCGAGUGCAAAGACUCUAUUACAACUACUAAGGCAUGACCACUACACAUUUUGUUGUCACAAAAAUCAGUUGCUCCAACUCAA